GCCAUUUCUUUCCAAAUGAAGGACGACGAAGGAAACAACAUAGGCGAUAUGCUAAAGGAGCAUUUUACGAGGAAUCUCUGAGACUGUUUCCCCGAGAGCAGCGAGUCCAUUCGUGAUCGGCUUGUUACUAUCAUGGUUCUAAGACGGAAGAGAAUAUUAUAUAGGCGGUCCAGCUACGUUAUAAAUCCUAUAAACCCCCCUCAACCUGUCAUAAAGCCGAAAAUGGAAACACAAGUUUUUGUCACGCGACAAGAGACUCAAGAUGGAAGCUUUCCAAGUCAAGUCAUAAAGCCAGUAGCUGGACCAAGUAGAAUCAACUCGAUAGUCCAGAGCGCUACCACUUUGGCGCCGCAAAGCUUCCAGCAAGCAUCUGCGCCAUCAGUCGUCUCCCAUGUAAAAUCAGUGGACUUAGAAUAUCAUGAGGAAUUGGUCUUCCCUGCCCGUCCAGAAGUCCCGAAUAAUGGCCUGGCCGAAGUGACGUGUCCGUAUUGUCUCUAUGUGCUUUCUACUCUCGAGGUUGGCAACGAGGCAAGGUGGAGGAAACAUGUCCUUAGAGAUCCGGACGCCUUAGUUUGCCUCUUCGACCCAUGCGAUGAACCCAACGUUCUCUACAGACAUAGCAAAGAUUGGCUACUUCACAUGCGUAAAUACGCCAAACGAUGGCAUUGCCCAGCAAAGGUUUAUGGGAUCCAAUACUUCAAUAAUCGCGACGAAUAUGAUAUUCAUAUGAAAGAAAGUCAUCAAAAGCGUUAUACCAGCGCUCAACUUGACCUCCUUGCCGAGAGAGGCACGCGUCUUUUUGGGCCGCUAUUCGAUAUUUGCCCAUUGUGUGGCGGAAAGGACGCUUCCGACGACAACAGAAUUCAGGGGAACUUAAUGGACCAUAUCAUUGGCCAUCUGAGGUCACUUGCUCUUAAGUCUCUUCCGCCACAUUAUGACAAUGAUGACACAGCUUCAUACAAUAGCCGUAGUGACGAGUCCGUGGAAUCCCGCAGUACUGUGAAGAGUCUCCUCGACGGCUGCAGCACCUCAUUCUUGGAUUUAGCACCAUCGACUCUUAUCUCGCCUAAUGAUAAAUCUUUGCGCAAAUAUGAAGGGGAUGCGUUUGACUGGCGCUAAGUUCUAGAUGUGGUUGGAAUACCGCACGAAAACGAGCAGGAUCCCAUAAAAGAACACAUGGCCCAGUCUAGAC